AUGGCAAAGGGAAGUGUCAUCAACCUCGUCCUCCUUGCAGCGCUGGCACUGCUACUACGAACCAGUUGGGCCUCGAUUGGAAUGGAAAAUGACGCAGAAGAAGAAAGAGAACUGCACCUGUCAAGGAGACAAGAUUCCUACAGCUUUCUGGAGGCUUCCUUAAACGCCCUGGAAGUUAAGACCCCCCUUUCUCCAUACGAAAGAGUUAAGAGGAAAACAUCACAUGCAGAAUUAGGUUACGUUCACCAUGAGAUGAUUAAAAAAUUGAAAAUUGAGAAGUUGGACAACAUCACCAACAUUAGAAAUAUCGUCAGUAGGUGUGUCUCGGAUUCGAUCCAACACACGAUGCGGGCCAUAACGAGUAUCCUCGAGGAAGUCCUAAGCUACAACGAAUUCUGCACGUCGCUCGAUGAGCACUUCUCCUACCUAUACGACGCGAACGUUACAUUCAAAAUUAUAAUAAAAACCUGCAGAACAGCAACGGAAAACGAGCUGAGGGGAAAUUAUUUAUCUCUAUAUGUGGAGGACUUUAAAUCAAUUUUACAAGCGUUAAAAAGCCCACACAUUUCAUUCCACGAUCUUGAUGAUAUGUCAAAAUGCUUGGCUAAAUUUUACCAAUCAUUUAUUUCCCCCUUUCAAGUCUAUGUCCCUGAGACAUCACUUUACAUGAAAUUUAUUGGAGCGUACACAAACCUGAAUGGCCUUUACAAAGUAGAAGAUUUCGUUAAAGAGUUUCUUAAAACUUUCCACGCAGGCAUGUCUGAGGAAGAAAUCACUCUCUUCUUUGACAAUUUAUUCCGUCUAUACACACGUUCUUUUUCGCACGGCCGGUGUUUAUAUCAACAAAAAUGA